CAUCUAAAUUAAUGAAAAAAAUAGAAGAUGAACUAAAGGACCAAAAAAAUGACGCAAGCAACGCAUGUAAAGAUCUUAAAGAUGGGAUUGAAGAAUGGAAGAAACAAAAAAUUUAUGAUGCUGAAAAAGAAAUGUUAAUUGCUGUUUUUGACUUGGCGAUACGCGUUGGUACAAUUGUUAUCAAACCUGAUGGCAUAGUUGACAUUAUUAAAACUAUAGAAAAAACAUCUACCUCUGUUCAAGAUGCUCUGAAUGCAGCAGAUAAAGUAAAGGAAUUUAUUAAUAAUAACCAAGAUAUAAAUGAUAAAAUUCAAAAAAUUCAACAAAUUGAUGAUGAUUUAAAAAACAAUUACAAUAUGGCCAAAGAUCUGAAUAAUAAUGUGAUGACAGAGCAAGAAAGAAUGGAAUCUUUAGACGUUAAUGAUCUUGCACAAAUCCUCAAAACAGAAGAUCGAAAAGGAAUAAAAAUGAAGGUCGAAUGGGAAUCAACCAAGAAUGGUAUUAUAAAAUUACUUAAUUAUCCAAUUGAACAAGGGAUUAAAGGUGCAAAAGAAUAUAAAGAUUCACUAGAAGAUUUAUUUACCUAUAUUAACGCAUACAUUGCAGCAAAUAAUGAAGAAGCAAAAAGUUAUAAAGAGUAUUCACGAAUCAAAUUAGAAGUGGAAGUGCUCAAAAAGAAAGAAGAGAGACUCAAAAAGAUGAUUGAAAAUUAUGAAUCAAAAGAAGAUGAUUAUGAUGAAUGUGCAUUUUUACUAUUUGAAUACUUUAUUAAUGUUAAAUGUUGGAUGUUGACUUUUCUAGAAAAUUAUAGAUGUGCAUACAAAUAUUGGUCACUUUCUGAAUCCGAUAUUAAACUUUCUGUUAAGAAAACUACCGACCAACACAUGCAAGAUAAACAUAUAAUUUAUCAAGAAUUACAAAGCACAUACUAUAAAUUUGGAAAUCCACCCCAACCUUCAAAGCAUACAAUUCGUCUUCCUGCCAACUAUACCACAAAAUUUAUGAGUAAUAGAUUUAUUACUUAUGAAAUUCCAUUGGAUCACCCAGAAUUUCGGCAGUGUGAGCGUGUUCGACUCAUUAAUUUUAGAGUAUUUUUGAAGGAUGUUGG